CUGGUGCUUGACUAACAUUAUAAGAUAAAUGCAAGACUCUGUUCCCUGCCCUACAAUAAGACGCCAUGGCGGUGACGAAUGCCUGGAAAUUCCGAAGAUGGAUUUAGGAGUAGUUAACAAGAGUUGAGUGACCAAUUGAAUGACUCUAGAAGAAUAUUCCAUGACAAGUACCACAGCUUUGUAGCGUCACUUCUAGUUAUAGGUCUGCGCAAAUUGUAAGGAGCUGAGGCAGACGAACUUACCGAACCACAGCGCAAACGAGGAAAUGUCGCCAAGUCCUCCUUAUCGGUUGGCUUUUACCGUUUCACCAAUCUCACCUUCUCUCACAUCUUAUCUAUGCAGACAUUCUCGAUCCCUCAAGAGCCCAAGUGCUAGAUAUCGAGACAUCCACCACUGCUUCGCACAGGAUAUACGCCAACUGAUAAUUGACGAAGCGCUUCCGGGACAUCUCGUGGGUCUUGAUAUCAAGAAGCCGCUGGUCGAGCUUAGCUGUGAGCUGUUUCCAAGCCAGUCGACACUCGAAUUUCAACCAGAGUAAUUAUUUCUGUGAUACACUGCUUCUCGGACGUAGGUGGGCCUCAGGGCUCCUGCAGUGCGUUCGAGGGAUUAGUUUAAG